GACUUUAACUCUCAUCCCACGAGUGGAGUGAGUCUCCCGUGUUAUUUUUUAUAUUUUGUUUUGUUUUGUUUUGCUCAACGGUUAGCCAGGAUUCUCACGGCGUCAAGUUGGAACAGGUAACCCACCUGUGGGGCCACGCCCUCCGCUCCUGCGCAAGAAACCUGGAGCAGGAAGUAGCUGUCAGCGCCUUCGCUGCGGUUGGAAAGUGACCGUAAAAUAAUGCAUUCGCUUGUCUGAAAAGCGAGUCUGGAUUUGUUUCUUUUUAAAUGUUUUAUUCUUAUUUUUAAUCGGAAGGAUUUCCAUAUUGUCAACAUGCGUUUUUGUGGAGCAUGCGCUCUCCUGGCGCUGUUAUUUGUGGCAUCUUUGGACUCAUCAGAGUCCUUUCAAACCACGGUGAAGCCAAAUAUAGGUUCAGAGGUCACCGUUUCCAGCCAGCAGCCCGAUUGCACCGUCUGCACCAUCAGUGGCGUUAAUGAAAGUCAGACUUCCUGCCAACUUUCUCUUAAAUUAGAGCCUGAAAAGGAGGUGAAGCUGCUGUUUAAAUGCCCCCAACCCGUCGAACAGUCGUACAACGUGACAAUCACCAGUUUAAUUGAAUGUACAAAAGAUGCUUGCAAACCAGCGACGGUAGAAGUUCAGUCGUCCCUCCUGUCGAAGUUCUCCAGAACCUUCACCUGGAGGCUGAAGGCGCCUGAAAAGACCCUGGUGAGUCUGAAGGUCCUCGGGAAAGGACUGAGUAGGACUCCACACCCUUGCAGUGAUGGACGGCAGUAUUCGGUGGUCACAUCUGAAACCGGCAAAGAAGUCCCGACUCAAUACUGUGAGGGUGGCAGCGAGACCCAACUGGACCUGUCCGAUCAGGGCGUGGUGUCCCUGGAAGCCAAACCAAACACACAGGUGGAGUCUGUCCUGUUUCAAGCCUUGGCUGCACCAAUGAAGCGAGCAAUGACCGUCACUAUUGCUCCCGCUUCCACUGUGGUUCUGACCCGGGAUCCUGGGAAGGAUGAGUGUGAAGUGUGUGUCACCAGCGGCGCCAGUCCUGACUGCCACGCAACAGAAAAGACUCUAACAAGUGCAGAAAACCUCCCUCUGGAGUUCAGAUGCUUGAAACCUGAAGAUGUGUUCACCAUGAAGAUGACAACAAAAAUAGAAUGCACUCAGACUUCCUGCACUCCGGCUUUGGCCGAGAUGGAUCUGGAUCUCUUCAAAGGCUUCAAAAAAACCCUAACGUGGGACGUUACUGUUCCAGACAACACUGUUUUAACUUUAGAGUUUCCUGGACUGAAGGAGAAAUCUGCGUCAGAGAAUUGUGAGGAUGGCGUUCAGUACACGGUCAGCACCAUGAGGACCGAUGGACAGAGCAGAACCAGCAGUUAUUGCAAAGACGGGACAGUUUCUCAACUGGAGCUGUUUGGAAACACGGCUGUGACGGUGGAAGUGUCCAAAGAAGGAGAACUGGACCGGACCGUGUUCAGUUCUACAGCAGCACCGAGACGUGGGAGAUCCAUGUAUGUGACCUCUGACCCUAACACAAACCUCAUCUUCACAAAGGUGGACAAACAGGCAGACUGCCAGAUCUGCAUAACGGAGGCGUCAGUAAAAACCUGCAAACCUCAAAACAGACUGAAAAAUCCUCUCAACGUUUCGGUGGAAUUUACGUGUCUUCAGCCGCAAAAUGUCUUCACAGUGGAAAUAAACAGAGACUGCACAAAGACUUCCUGCUCAGGCAACACCGUCCAAACCCAGAACGAGUUUUUUACCAACUACAACCGGACCGUCACCUGGGACAUAAAGGUUGAACCCACUCAGGCUUUCCACCUGGACUUUCCAGGAACUGGAUUGCGACAGAUUCCCAACGAGGGGACGUGUCCAGAUGGCCACACGUACACCAUCAUCCUCUAUCUCCACCGCGCUGCCCCAGCAACCAUCGGCACUUUCUGCAAGGGCGGCACGGUGACCUCAGUACUGGGUCAGUACAAGGGCCGAAUGACGCUGACGGUGCCGUCGAAUGUGAAGCUGGACCCUUUGGACUUCCAAAUUAAAGUUGGACCCGAGUCAGAAGUGACGGCCAUAGUGAAAGUCAAUCUUCCCCGCGGCGUGUCAAACACCGAGUUCAUCACGCCCAACUAUCCCAAAGAUUUCCCGGAUGACGAGCAGAUCCUGUGGGAGUUCAGCAUUCCCGGCAUGCACAACUACUCAGUUCAGUUCAGCGAACACUCGGCCCCAGAGUGUCUGAACGAAGGUGAGGUGGUGGUGGUGGAGUAUCAGCAGGAGGGCAAGAAGCCGACCAGAACGGCUCUGACGGAUCCGCAGCCUCAGCACCAGCAGGGCGGGUUUAAUUUGACGCUGAAGAACUGCAAAACAAACCAAACGCUGCCGGGACUCAGCCUGCGCUACACAGUCUCUGUGAUGAGGAGCGGCCAUCCAGUUCUCUGUACGCUGGAUUUAACCAAACAGGAAGUGUCUGUGCAGAUUGAGAAGGUGGGCUCUGACCCUCUCUGUGAGAUGAGAAAGGACUCUGUGGAGAAAAAGACGAUAAAUGUGGCAAAAGGAGAAACGGCCAAACUCUCCUUCCUCGACUGUCCAAGUGAGGACCUUCGCCUGACUGCGAGCAAAGUCAUCGCCUGUGCAGAUGCGUCGUUGUGCACGCCGACAGCCCUCUCUGUUCCCACGUUGGAUUCCUGCCUGCCGAUGCCCCUCCACAGCUUUUCGUGGCUCUUCACCAUCCCACAUGAAGCCACCCUGGACCUGGUGUCUCCCACGGGGAGCCUCCAGCAGUCUCUGCCCGGGCAGGAGUGCGACCCGUUGUCUGUGCUGCGCGUCGCCGAGAACGACGGCUCUUAUAUCGGAGACUUCUGCUCCAAUGGUGUGAUCCAGAAACUCCAAGUUCACUCCAACAUCUCCAUCACAGCUACGCCGCGAGGCCUCGGGAGGUCUAAUGAGCCUUUGCUUAAUGUCAGCGUCAGUCCAGAGAUCAAAGAAGCCAUCAUCUACAGGAUCAGCCCUAAUUUAAAGUUUACCACCAUACUGGCCACCCCAAACUGGCCUAAUGGGAUGAAGCCCCAUUCCUCUGUCUCUUGGGUUGUGGACGUUCCCUGGAUGUACCACGCGCUCAUCAAGUUUGUCAUCAGUGGACUUGAAUGCGAAAACGGCCACGCCAGGAUCCAUAUGAAACACCAGGAAGGAGGGAAUGAUCUCCUUGACAUCGGCGAGAGCGAAAAAAUGAGGACAGAAAACAUGACGUCCCAUCAGAGCUUCUACCUGAACAUAACCAACUGCCAGCCAGAGGGACGCGACCAGUUUAAUGUCAAAGCCACGAUUGUUCUUGAGAAAAAGACCAAUCUGUUAGCCAUCCUUAUUGGUUUAGUUGGGGCUGUCCUGCUUCUGAUCCUGAUAUUGGCUGUUGUAUGUGUAGUUGUGAGGAAAAAGAAAUCAAAAACGAAAAGCCAAGCCUCCAUCUACAUGGGGAAGGGAAACAUCUUCCGUCCAAACGACAGGGACUUCGUCAAAACCCGGGCCGACAACGACUCCCACGUCUACGACUACAUAGACGACUCCAUGGUCUACGGUCACCUCCUCAACGACAGCGAGAGUCUCCCAAACGGGAUGCAGGUGGACUCCUAUCAGACCUUCACGGGUCCCACUGACAGCACGCUGCCGGUUAUCAAGGAACCCGGCCCAGAGCCGGAGAAGGGGCAGUACCAGUCCUUCCUGAGCCCCUCUGACACUUUCCUGCCAACCCGUCCGCGCACUCCCAUCGAGCGGCAGGACAGCCUGGGCUUCCAGGACCGUCGGAUGAUGGAUAACGAACUCUACACUUUCAAAAGCACGGGAGACAUAAACACGAUCAGUCUGUCUGCCGCUGAUAUGGAGCCGCAGCCGCCAAUAAUGGAGGAGUUCUUGUAGAAUCUUAAUGACCUUUGACCUAUCCGAAGGGCUUUGAAGAGCCUUGUUUCUGCGGGAAUAGUUUUGGGAAUCGGACGCACUCUUUCUCUGAUCAAGAGUGUUAAAGCUGCAGACUUGGAAGCUAAAAACUAAAGUCUGUGACUUCUUGGACAGUUUUUUGUGCUUAUUUUGACGAGAAACAGCAAAAAAUUAUUUUAAAGACUUUGUAAAAUAUUUUUCUACACUUAUUUCAGUUUUGCCUUUGACUUCUUUUUGUUUUUAACAUGUGAAUUUUAAAAAUAAGGGAGACAGGGAGAAAAUGUGAUCAAAAUUAAAAUAAACACUACAGAACACUUAGGAAGGAUUUCUGAACACUAUUUUAAAUAGUUAUACAUUUUGCAGGAACAUCUCUCCGUACUUUUUGUUGCCCCUUUCGAGGCACAAUUUCUAGUUUUAAUAAAACCUCUUCAUUUUCAUUUUUUAAGUCUGUUUUUCAUUUCAGAUUAUUAAAACCACUCAUCAAUUUGA